GUGUUUGACUCUUAAAGAAUCCAAUUUGACAAUUGUUGCACCAAUAAUUAUUCACAUUUUCACGAUAAAAAAUGGAUCCAUUUCAUUUUACUGAAAUUCCCGAAUUUUAUCAUAAUCGAAAUGGAAACGAUAAUGUUAUCUGUGCAAAAUUAAGAGAGCAAGCAAGAUUUUUAUUCCUAAAUCGAUUGAGUAAAGAAACAAUUCAGAAUGAAGAAUUACAGCAAUUAUGGUUAUUGUUGGAGAAAAAUGUCCAUACAUUAUCCAAUGAAAUGAACGAUGACCAGAAGAUUAAUUAUCUGGAAUUUCAACAAAUUCGUCAACAAUUGAAUCCAGAUUCAAAAUUAAAAAAAUAUUUUAGCGCAACAAUUUUCACUCAAUUACUUUCUGAACAUCAAUCAUUAUCAUCAUCAUCCUUAUCAUCGAUUCAAUCAACGGGUGGAAAGAUAUCGAUACUGACAUUUUUUCGUUAUGUAAUGCGUAAAAUUUGGUUACAACAAGCACGUGUAUCGCUUUCAUUUUGGGAUUCAUCCGCUAACGGUUAUCUAACCAGAUUGGAUCUAGAAAAUUAUAUUCGCCAAUUGAUUCCAACAUUGACCAAGCUGAACAAUAUGGAUAAAUCCUAUUAUCCAUUCUAUAUUUGUGUGGCAACAAGAAAAUUUUUCUUCAUUCUUGAUCCACAUAAACAUAAUCGUAUACGAAUAAUUGAUGUAUUAUUUUCCGGACUACUUGAUGAUUUAUUGGAACUUCGUAAUAAUGGUGAUGGUUAUGAUCACAAUGAUUCGAAUAAUCAUCAACCACAUCACCAUCAGCAACAACAGCAACAGACAACAAACACCGGAAAUCGAAAUCAAUCAAUUAUCGAUAAUUUUAAUUGGUUUUCCGCAGCCAACACCAUUCGAUUGUAUAACAUGUAUAUUGACCUCGACGAUGAUCAUAAUGGUAUGAUAUCGAAAUUGGAAUUGCGAAAAUUUGGCAAUUUCAAUGAAUUGUUUGUCGAACAAUUGUUUGAUGUUUGUAUGACUUAUAACAAAGAAAUUGAUUUCAAAACAUUUAUCGAUAUAAUUCUGGCCCUAGAGAAUCGUAAAGAAAUUCAAUCACAGCAUUUUUUCUUCACUAUUCUUGAUAUUAAUCAUUGCCAUUAUUUGGAUGAUUAUGUUUUAAGAUAUUUUUUCAAAGCAAUCGAAAAUCAAAUGCGACGACAAGGACAGGAACCGAUUCGAUUCGAUGAUUUUAGCAAUGAAAUCUAUGAUAUGAUCAGGCCACAAAAACAUUCGAGAAGAAUCUAUUUUGAUGAUCUUGUUGCCAGUGGUCACGCCGAUACAAUCAUCAGUAUAUUGAUCGAUUUCAAUGGAUUCUAUGCAUAUGAAAAUCGUGAUUCAAACAUUCGAUUACGAAAUGCAAACAAUCGACCAAUGUCACCGAUGCUAAAUUCUUGAUAAAUAAUCAUUUGUGUUCAAAUAUCAAUCAAUUUUGUAAUUAAUUUAUAAACUAUUUUUUUAAAAAAUC